UUUAGGUUAACUAGACAAUCGAGAGUUGCGUCAAAUGUAACGUAAGCAAUGUAUUGAUUUUCGUAUUUUCGCGGAAAAUGUUUGGCCUAAUCGAUUAUAUUAAAAACAAACAUAGGGUAGUCCUAGAAUUAAAUUAGGAAAUGAUUAGCUACGGUUAGACAGCAUCAAUAUUAACAAUUAAUCAUUUUUUAUUCAAAGUGAUUGUAUUUAAAAUAUAAACAAAAUGUCUCAUAUUUUUAAGUUAAUAUUUACAAUUGCUCUUAUAGAGCAAUAUUUUAUUUGUCAUACUAAUGCUCUACAGCAAAAUAGGACCUUCCACCAUGUACGUCGAUCAAGUAUGGACGAUAGUUUCUUCAAGAACCAGAAACCACCGUCUUACCGAUCGUUCCAGCCAGUCUCAAUUAAAUAUCGAAAAUCAUAUCCAAGGGAAGAUCGCACGGACUACGACAUUACCUCUUACGACUCCGAAUAUGGUGGAGUUGUAUCUAACUUUACGUCUUCCAUUUACGACGACAAUCCUCCGUUAUAUCCAAAUCCAGAAAUUUUAUCCAGAAGCAAUCAAGGCAAAUCGGUGGACACCCGAGCAAUGGACUCGGAGGUGGACUUACCAGAUGACUCCCUGGCCGAUGCGGAUCUUAAGGAGCAUAAUAUCAUAGACAGUGUUACAUACCUGUACGGCUUUAACAACUGUCAUGGCGUGAGAAACGAAUGGAAAAUACUGAUAUUCAUCACUAGUGGUAUCGCUGUUCUGAUGUUAGCUGCCACUGUGAUGUGGCUGCUAUGGAGUGAAUACGCAGCUGAAUUUAGAAAGAGCAGCAAGCUAUACCCGAUCAACAUUAAUCUGUGCUGCUGUCUAGCUGCUUGUACGCUUAUCUAUAUACAGGCAGUCAUGGGCGUCUCAUCCCCAUCUCAAUGUGAGCGCAUCGCCCUCCUCCUCCACUACACGCACGUGUCUUGCGCGAUGUGGAUCGUGGCACUUGCUGCAGCCGUGGCCGAGUACUGCGUCUGCGACACACUGCUGCCGCUUAAAUACAUUUAUUUGCUGGCGUAUGGAGUCCCAGCUAUUGUAGUUAUGUUCAACUACGCUCUGUCGAUGGAACACUACGAAAUAAAGCACUAUUGUUGGAUGUCGAUAGAAAAGGGGAUGGUCAUGGGAUUCAUGGUUCCAGCUAUGAUUCUGAUCCUGAUCAACACUGGAAUAAUUAUAAUCGGAUUGCAAAGCGUCAAUAGAAAACAAGCCGAAAUGUUAACAGCCAAGAUCCAGGAAUUAGUAGACCAUCACCUAGCGAACUGGCCCAAGAACGAGCAAAGAAACAGUACCGGAAGUAUUGAUACUUUGGAUAACAUAUACAGUCCUAGCAGUAGCAGGAAGAACACGGACACUUCAGAUAAAGAUUAUAAUAUGAGUGAAGAUGAUUGCCAAUAUAAUGUUAAUCUGGGGAAUUCUAACGGAGAGUUAGAUUUAGACGGUGAGAAUCAGCCUCCAUACAUAAAAGCCUUACAAGACAAAGGGCUUCUAAAUAUACUGUACAGCAUGGACAACCUGUCUUUAAAAUGGAGCUGGAAUACGGAAGGGAACGAGCUCAAGUCUUACCUGAACUUGUGCUUGGUUUUGGAGCCAUUUUUCGCUAUUAACUGGGUGAUGGGUGUUGUCGCCAUUGAAAAUGCUGGUCACUGGUCUACGCCGACUAUUUAUUUGAUACUCGUUGUCGCUAUGUAUGUGUAUCUCUCGGCUACCUUGUGCACCACUCUACCCAUAGUUCGCAACAAAACGACGACACCUUGUUGCGAGGAAGUAAUUACUGAACCAACAUUAACUAGAACCAGGACAACUGACAGCAUUCCUUUACUGGAUCCAGCGAUACAACAGCCCGUGGUGACUCCGGCACCUGCAGAUACUAUAAGCACUAUCAGCAUAUAAAGCAACCUUUAUGUCAAGGUACUAGGGUUCAAAUUGAGGACUGCAAAGUCGGUUCGAGCUAUUUAAAAUCGCUUUCGGAUUAAAUUCGAUGAUUUGAGGAGGAAUUGCAAAUAUUUCUAACAUUUAGUUAAUCAAUUUAUUGAUAAAAAGGAUUUGCAAUCGCCUGAAGGCCAAAUGCUUGCCACGAAGGCGAAAAAUUAAACACGGUUGAUGAAGUUUGAUCUCAUAGAAUUUAAGAAAAAUAAUGCUAUCGUAUUAGUUUAAGUGCAAUAUGAACAUAACAUAUAUACACAGUACCAAAGUUUUCGGAACUUGAAGGCCGUAAAUAUCGUUAAUAUUAAAUUAAGGAAUUUUAAAUCAGCUUUACAGAUUUUUAUAGUGUUUUUGGUGUAACCAUUUAAAAGAUUUUAUGUGAUGGGUUGUGUAUUAUGUGUAUGAUUGUUUUUAAAGCAAAAAAGCUGUUUUAUAUAGGUACCCAAGUACGUAAUUAAAUUUUAACUGCUAAAGAAAAAUAUCGCAAUGGAAAAAACGUUAUUAUUGACCAUCAAUGUUGACUUGGUUUUUG